AUGCGACGCAUUAAACCUCAGCGCCGAAAGGCUUCUCCGGCCUACUCUCAAGAUCAAUUAGGCGCACCAAGCCUUAAAGAAAGACAUCUUCCUUUUUCUAAUACUCAGAAUUAUCACCAAAACCACACUCACACUCCGACCUCAAGCCAGAUCCAAGACGACGGAGAAAAGUUCUCGCGCGCACAGCCAGACAUAGGCUCGAACAAUAAGGACGCUGAAAUUGAGAGUGAUGACAGCAUAAGCAUACUGCUCCAUGAGUUUGAUGACGACCUAGAAAAUAGUAUCAGUAGAAAGUCACGUAGAGUCGAGAGCUAUUUAACCACAAGCAGCAUUCAGCGCCAUCAAACCUCAAAGAUACAAAAACAUGGCAUUACUGAUAAAAUUCAUCGAGGUUCAAAAGAAGCUAAAGAAAUUAGCUCUCUAAAGGAUUCAAAGAUGGGGGAUCCUGACGAAGAUCUUGCUGUUGAGGAUGAGCUACUUUCGUCCUUGGAGUCUGUUGAUAUGGACUUUAGGCUAGGCACAGCUUCGACGGCGAUAAGCAGCUCGAUCACCAAGGCCACUAAGAGCGCGUCUUCAACACAUUCCAUUUCAGAAGCUCAAAACGCUAUUGAUGAUAUUGAUCAAAUGCUCAUGGAGAACUCUUCAACUGCUUUCAGUCCUUUAUAUGAACGCUCAGCUUCAGCGGAGUCAAACAUUGUAAAGGCCGAACAAGUGCAACCUUUCCCUGAUCCGGGUUUGGAUAAGCUUGACUCAUCUUUUGAGGAUAAGGAUAUUUCGGAGAAAUCAAACUAUAAAGAAAACAAUGGAAAGGUCUACGACGCUGCCAAGAUGAAGCUUUGUGGAGGCAAGUUUAUUUUUAAGGCUCCUGAGCCAUCUUCUGUCCAUACUCAAAUCGAUAGCACCAAACAUCAGGAUGGUAAAGAAGCACUUCAGCACGACGAAACUUUGUAUGAAGAAGAAUCAUCGAAAAUAGAUACCGCGAACGAUAGUCCUUCCAUAGCCCGCGUGGAUAUUACUGAGAAUUUGGAGCAAGAUCAAAUCGAACCAAACUCGAAUGCAUUUGAAGUACCAUCGACUGCUGCGGAAUUCAAGUCGCGUCUUGAUGAUAUAAGCGUCAAGUUCCAAUCGACCUUGAACAAAAUGAUUGAAGCAAUACAUGAUGUAAAUAGUCUCCAUGAGUCGCUCAAAGACAAUCUCUUGGGACACCAAGCUUAUCUCGACCAAAGAGGACGAGGAAUUCAUAGCAGAGUACAGGAGCUUCAGAGAGAUGCGGCUACUUUGCACGCGAGAGCCUCAAAAGGAUUAGCCUGAAGAGUGUUUAGAUAAUCGAUGACUCCCCUUGCUAUUCAACACAAUUAAAAAAAG